AUGUCGAGGAAACAGGUGAUACUGACCCAGAGUUCGGUCAGGGACAUCGAGUCGUUUUUCCAAGAGGGAGAAAUCAACCUUAUGACAAACGUGUUGCUCAUUCAGCCCGCCCUGAGACCCUUGGGCCUUCGUCUGCUUACCAACACGCCCUACAGCCCCGGCAGAAGUGAUCGAGUGAAGAGUUUGAAGACGUGGCGUGGGGAGCCGAUGCCUCGUGAGCACGAGCUGUUUCCCGAUAAGCUGGUUGACCUGCACGGGCAUCCGAUGAGAGUGGUGACCUUCCACUUCCCUCCGCGGAUUUUCAUGGAGGAAGACUCCGACGGCAACUAUAAUCUAUAUGGUGUUGAUAUAGAGGUCGUGCGUUCUCUCAGCAAAGCCUUAAACUUCACGGUGAGCUUCGUGCGUCCCUCCGACGGCGAGAUGUGGGGCUGGGAGCAAGGCAACGGCACCUGGACGGGCCUCAUGGGGGACCUCCAGCACCGGAGGGCGGACAUCGGCGUCGCUGACCUGUACAUCAUGGAGCCGUAUUUCGCCAUCAUCGACAUGUCAGUGGCAUACGACAUCGAGUACCUUUGCUUUGUCAAUCCCGUGCCCGGCCCGCUGCCCCAGUGGAUGGCUCUGGGGCUGCCCUUCUUGGUGGAGACUUGGGGCGCCAUCUUCUGCACCGUCUUGGCGGGCAUGCUGGUGUUCACCCUCCUGGCGCAGCUGGGCUUCCUCGGGGGGCACCUGCGCGAAGCCCCGUGGUUCCAGAGCGGCAGCAACACCUGUCUCCUGCUCGUUGCCUGCGUCAUGAACACCGCCUGGACGCGCGUCCCGACGACGUCCCACCUCCGGAUCUUCAUGGCCCUGUGGAGCCUCGCCUUCGUCAUCCUAGCCGUGGCCUACAAGGGGUCCCUCGUCUCGUACUUGACGGUGACACUCGAACAGCCUCCGAUUGACACGCACAAACAGCUGUUGCAGAAGGGCGUGAGUGUCGGCAGCAUCGGAGACACACUCAAGCGAAUCAUGGAGAAGAACGCAGACCAGCAUGUGCGAAAGCUGGCCCAGAAGUACGAGCAGGUGCAGUCGACCAGCGAGGGGCUUCGGAGAACGGUAGAAGGCAGCUUCUCCUUCCUGGAGAGCCGCGGCUUCCUAGACUACACGAUCGCCGUCGACUACACCGACGGGCGCGGCCGGGCGUCGCUGCACGCCAUGAAGGAGUACAUCGCCCCCUUCGGCAUCGGCCUCGCCUACCCGAAGUACGUCCCUUUCAUCGCCAAGUUCAAUGGUAUGAUAAGGAGGCUGACGGAGGCGGGGCUGGCGGAGAAGUACAUGGCCGAUAUUAUCCUGAGGAGGAAGCAGGCGAAGAUCGGCGCGGCGGCGGAGCGGGAGGGAGGGCAGAAGGAGAACCCAGGCAGCGGCACAGAAUCCGGGGUUACGCCCUUAUCCCUGGACAACCUUCAGGGGGGGUUUAUCCUCCUGGCUCUCGGCUACGGACUGGGGCUACUGAGUGCCAUGGCGGAGGGGCUAUUUGCUCUCGCUACGAGGCCGUCGGAGAGCUUGGCAGGUCGUUAG